CAUAUCGUAAGGCACUUGAACAGCGCAUUUUUUCUCAAAUCAUGGAUAAACCCAUUGAAGACCCAGACUAUGUUGUAGCAGACCCGGGCAUCGAACUGAACCGUGGUUCUGAUAUACUUAAAGAUGAGAAGGACAGUAAGGGAAAAAACAAGGAAACUGAAAAACCUGGAAAAGAUACUCCGGAGAAGUCAAAAUCGGUCACCGUCGAGAUAACUGUUACGGGCGAUAAGGAUGAUGACAAGAAAAAGGACGACGUGCCUACCAUUACGGUAUCCGAGCCAACAACCGCACCCAAGAAGGUUGAGCCACCUAAGAAGCAAGAGGAAAAAAAGGUAGGAGACAGCAAAGAGAAAGACAAGUUGGGAGGCAGCAAAAAUGAGCCAAACGGUCCACAGCUUGGUCCACCAUCAGUCAAUGAUAACGGCAGAAGAGACAGUGACGCAAGUACGGGAAGUAGUAAGGUUCCAUUGGGAAUUCUAGCAAACGACAGAAUAAGAAGUGCAUCUCGUGUCUCGCAACUAUCAUGGGCUGUCCCAAGAAAUCGUACCCUAACAGGACUCUCUGACGUUCCUCAAAGGGACCGUGCGUUUUCCAAACUAUCGGCGUAUUCGCAAGACACGGACACGGCGAUAAUCGGUCCGUUUGGACACAAUACAAUUGAGGCCAUUCCAAGCGAAAAGAACUACGUCGAUUUAUGGUCUAUCGAGUUUGGAGACGUGGUCGAAGAUGCCGAUCGACCUACUUUGCGACAACUACACGAAACCAAGAGUCAUUUAGUGGGCGACGAGAUGGCUGAUGCAAUGGACAAAGAUGAGGACUUCGAUUUUCUAGAUGAUGUUGAACGGCAAGUAAUAAGUGCACCAGAACCCCCAAAAGAACGACUUAAAUUUGGUUGGAUGAAAGGUGUCUUGAUGAGGUGCAUGCUGAACAUCUGGGGGACAAUUCUGUUUCUACGACUUUCAUGGGUUGUUGGGCAAGCCGGUAUAAUUUUGGCAACUUUAAUUAUCGUCUAUUCAGUAACAAUCACGUCUUUAACAACACUAUCAAUGUCCGCUAUUUGUACUAAUGGAAAGGUAGUUGGGGGCGGUGCGUACUUCUUGAUAUCAAGGAGUCUAGGACCAGAAUGGGGCGGUGCGAUUGGAUUGGUGUUGGCACUUAGUAACACUAUAGGCGUUGCUAUGUAUGUUGUUGGCUUCGCCGAGACAGUCAGAGACAUCCUGAAGAACAAUGACGCGCUUAUGGUUGACGAAAUAAAUGACAUCCGAAUUAUUGGUUCAAUAACAAUUGUUUGUUUACUUGCGUUGGUGUUUAUCGGACUAGACUGGGUUCUUCGGUUUGGAAAGGGAUACGGAAAAAGUGACGAUCCAAGACAAGGAUACAUACUUUGUUUCAUAAUAGCAGAAUGCUUUAUAUUGAUCGCUCAACUGAAUGCCGUGGCUACUCUUACAUCUAUGUUCUUCUUAAUGACGUACGCCAUAAUUAAUUAUGCUGUGUUUUCAGCCGCAAUGGCCAAAUCACCAGGAUUUCGUCCUUCAUUCACUUACUUCAACAAAUGGGUGGCACUGAUAGCUGCGGUAUUGUGUAUUGGAUCAAGUUUUAUAAUUAAUUGGAUACUGACGUUAGGUACCUUGGUGUUAUGUAUUGUGCUCUACUUAUACGUGGCAUACAAGCAGCCAGACGUCAACUGGGGAUCUUCCAAUCAAGCUAGCGUAUACAAUCAAGCCCUACACACGUCGUUGAAGUUGAACUUUGAUAUCAAAGAACACGUCAAAAAUUUCAGGCACCUACCUCGAACCACACAGGCACCUACCUCGAACCACACAGGCACCCACCUCGAACCACAAAGGCACCCAUCACGACCACACAGACACCCACCUCGAACCACACAGGGACAGGAGAAAGUUCACAAACUAGAUAAAUUGCGGGAAGUCCAGGAUAAGUGGUUGGCCAGAGAAAACAUUAAAGCCUUUUACCAGCCAAUAUUUGACAACGAUCGAAGAAAAGGAACGAUGAGCCUUCUUCAGACAUCUGGCCUUGGUAAAUUGACACCAAAUACAGUUAUAAUCGGUUAUAAGUCAGACUGGAUGGAGGUUAAGGGCAGAGAAGUUGCCGCAUAUGUGGACACGAUGCACGAUGCGUUUGAUGUCAAUAUGGGUGUGUGUGUGCUCCGUGUUCCAGAUGGAUUCGAUGUUUCUAAAGAGAAAGUCAAACGAAGAUUAUUGAGUAACGGUACAACGGCGAAUGGGCGUCGGUCUUCAACUGUCGUCUUAGACACUUUCAAAUCGGAUAAAAGCGAUGCCUCUAGUGAUUCGGAAAAGGAGGACCAUGAUACAGCAACAGUUUCCGUGGCAACAGUAAAGACAAAGCAUUUAACCGAUGAGGAGUAUGAAAUAGACAGCAAGAUUUUGCGCAAGAUUACUCGUUUCCAUGGUAGCCAGGGGAAGGGAACAAUAGAUAUAUGGUGGUUAUAUGACGACGGAGGUUUGACGUUAUUGGUACCCUAUUUGUUGUCUCAACGAUCACAGUGGGAAAAAUGUCCGAUAAGAAUCUUUGCCGGGGGUAACGAAGACACUUUACAACAAGACGAAGUAAACAUUGCGGCAUUAUUGGCAAAGUUCAGACUCGAUUUCUCAGAAUUGAAAAUAAUUCCUGAUCUCAACAAAGUUCCUUCCAAAGAAAGUCAAAAGAAGUUUCAAGACCUCAUAGAACCUUGUCGUGCACGAAGCGGUAUCGAGUCACAUGAUCUGAAAAUAACAAGACAUGAAAUAACGGACUCUAAGGAGAAGACAUUCAGGUUAAUUCGUCUAAACGAGCUUCUUCAUCAGUAUUCCAGUGAUGCCUCAUUGAUUGUUGUGACACUUCCAAUGCCGCGCAAGGGUUCGACAUCAUCCUAUAUGUAUAUGAGUUGGUUAGAAACCAUAUCACGUGACCUUCCACCGACACUAAUGAUGAGAGGAAAUCAAUCCAGUGUUCUCACCUUUUACUCAUAGCGUAUCUCGCACCGUCUUAGCGAAUAUGCAGUGUACAAUUCCCUGCAUUUGUUUUUGUUUUUUUCUAGAUACAAAAUCGCAAAUGCACGUGUCAAUUAUACGAUGUAAACUCCGUGCCAUAUGUGUACUACUUUAUUAUCAUGUGUGUCGCACGCAUGCGUAGACAUGCUUUCAUUGUAAGACAAAUGACGCUGAAUAAGCACCAAACCAUAAACUCAAUAUGGUCUAUGUCC